UGACUGAGUCAAACGCACAAACUUGGAAAUCUAUGAAAUCAAAGGCCACCCGUGAAUGACCGAGCUGCAAGCACUUGGAACUAUCGAAGUUUGAUCUCCAUUUUCCUGUCAUAAAAGUCAAAAGUCGUCUCCUUUAACCUUAUGCCCCACUCCUUCCUCUCGCUACAUAUAGCAAUCCUAAGAUGAAAUCUUCAGAACAGCAAACGAAGACCAAACACAAGAAAAUGAAACUCCAAGAUCUUGUCCCUUUUCUGUGUAUCUUCUUCACUAUCACAACAGCACAGACAACAAUCCAACCAGGCACCACUCUCUCUGCUUCAAACCCAAACCAAACCUGGUCUUCACCAAACAGCACUUUCUAUGUAGGGUUUUCCCAAUUGGAUUCAUCUUCGUCUUACACCUUAACCAUCAACUACAAUGGUGGUGUCCCAAUUUGGACAGCAGGCAACUCUACUACCACGGUGGAUUCGGAGGGGUCCUUUCAAUUCCUGUCCUCCGGCAACCUCCGCCUCCUCAACGGCUCUGGCGCCACUGUCUGGGACUCCAACACUGCUGGACUCGGUGUCACCACUGCUUCACUUGAUGAAUUUGGUAAUUUAGUGUUAAAGAAUGGAACUUUACCUGUUUGGUCAUCUUUUGAUCACCCCUCUGAUACCGUAGUACCCAAUCAGACUCUUCGUGUUGAUCAAGUUUUAAGAUCUGGGUCUUAUUCGUUUAGGUUUCUUAGUUCAGGAAAUCUAACUUUGAAAUGGAAUGAUAGUGUAGAGUAUUGGAAUCAAGGUAAUGCUUCUAUUAAUGCUAAUUUGACAUCGCCUACUUUGGGGUUGCAACCAACUGGGAUGUUGUCAAUUUUUUCUGCUGCUUUUACAAGCGGGCCGCAUGUUGUGGCUUAUAGUAAUGAUUACGGUGAUGUGGGUACCAGGUUGAGGUUUCUGAAGUUGGAUGAAGAUGGGAACUUUAAGAUGUAUAGUACUGAUAUAGGUAGUAAAACUGCAACUAUGGUAUGGUCAGCUUUGACUGACCAAUGUGAGGUUUUUGGUUAUUGUGGGAAUAUGGGAAUUUGUAGUUAUAAUGAGUCGAGUUCGAGUCCAAUUUGUGAGUGUCCAUCUGAGAAUUUUGAGCCUGUCGAUGUGAAUGACCGUAGACAAGGGUGUAAAAGAAAAGCUGAGAUUGAUAGUUGUCCGGGGAAUGCUACUAUGUUGGAGAUAGAUCAUGCAAAAUUCUUGAUCUAUGAGCCUGAGUUGUCUGCUCAGACCUACUACAUGGGAAUAUCAGCUUGCAGGUCGAAUUGUCUUUCUCAAGGUCCAGGUUGUAUUGCUUCUACAUCUUUGUCUGAUGGAACUGGGCAGUGCUACUUAAAAUCUCCGGGCUUUAUCAGUGGUUAUCGGAAUCCAGCACUUCCCAGUACUUCGUAUGUGAAAGUUUGUGGGCCAGCGCUACCAAACCCUCCACCUGGUGUGCUUACUGAGGAGAAAAGAAGAAGUGGGAGAUUUCGCUUCUGGGUUGUUUGUGUUGCUGUUGUGAUUACCCUUUUGGGUUUGAUUGCCUUGGAGAGUGGUCUGUGGUGGUGGUGUUGUAGAAACAGUCCCAAGUUUGACAGUUUGUCAGCUCAGUAUGCACUACUGGAGUAUGCAUCUGGUGCUCCAGUGCAGUUCUCGUAUAAAGAGCUGCAGCGCUCGACGAAAGAGUUUAAAGAGAAGCUUGGAGCAGGAGGGUUUGGAGCUGUUUAUAAAGGGGUUCUUGCUAACAGAGAAGCUGUUGCAGUGAAGCAACUUGAGGGAAUUGAGCAGGGUGAGAAACAGUUCAGGAUGGAGGUUGCAACUAUUAGUAGCACUCACCAUUUGAAUUUGGUUAGAUUGAUUGGUUUUUGCUCAGAGGGUCGGCAUAGGCUGCUGGUUUAUGAGUUCAUGAAAAAUGGGUCUCUUGAUAAUUUCCUUUUCACUACAGAAGAGCAGUCAGGAAGACUGUUGAAUUGGGAGCAGAGGUUUAACAUUGCCCUUGGAACUGCAAAAGGAAUCACUUAUCUUCACGAGGAAUGUCGAGACUGCAUUGUCCACUGUGACAUAAAGCCAGAAAACAUUCUUUUGGAUGAGAACUAUAAGGCCAAGGUGUCUGAUUUUGGUCUUGCAAAGCUCAUAAAUGCCAAGGAUCACAGAUAUAGGACACUGACCAGUGUUAGAGGAACAAGAGGAUACUUGGCACCAGAAUGGCUUGCAAAUCUUCCAAUAACUUCCAAAACUGAUAUCUACAGUUAUGGGAUGGUUUUGUUGGAGAUAGUGAGUGGCAGGAGGAAUUUUGAAGUCUCAGCAGCAACAAACCGCAGAAAGUUCUCUGUUUGGGCUCAUGAAGAGUUUGAGAAGGGCAAUGUUAAUGGAAUUUUGGACCAAAGGCUUACAGACCAAGAUGUGGAUAUGGAGCAAGUGACGAGGGCAAUUCAAGUGAGCUUUUGGUGCAUCCAGGAGCAGCCAUCUCAGAGGCCAAUGAUGGGAAAAGUGGUGCAGAUGCUGGAGGGAAUUGCUGAGAUUGAGAGACCGCCAGCACCGAAGGCAAUAACAGAAAGUUCUACUACUAGUGGAACGAGCAUAAUGAGCAGCAAUGUCAGUGCUCUCUCAACUUUUGCAGCAUCAAUUCCAGCUCCCUCAUCUUCCUCAUCAUAUCAGACCAUGGGAGUUUCGCCUGUAGCUUCAGGUAGAAAUAUAGAGAGGGCAUCUUCAUCACUUUUACAUUCAGACCCAAACUGAAGUUCAUCAUUAAACACACCAUUCGCCUCCAAUACCUAGGAACUCUUAAGGAGAAUGAGAUACUACACAUUACAUCGACGAAAAUGAAAUCUUGUAAAAAUUAUUUCAACUGUAAUAUGUAUAUUGAUUCAUCAAAAAUAGCCUUUUGCCUUCAUAGAUUAUAUUGUACAAAAGCCAGUUCAUUCAAUAAGGAUGUAGUUAUAAAUUUUCACAAUUAUUGUUCGCUGAAAUUAUGUGAUCAGGUUCCACUUCAUGGGAAUGAAUUUCUUUGUCCAGCCAUUUUUGUCGAAGCUAUGGUAAUUGACUCCCUAUCCAAGUUUCCUAUGACAAUUUAAAUAUUGCUAUGUGCUAGAUGACAUCCCCUUUGAUGAUUGAAAAUAGAUAUCAGACACGAGUGAUUUAAAUCCCAAUACAUGUUGUCGGUAAAAUAUAUUCAUGUCGGCUUAGUUAAAAUUUUAAUUUUAAUUUUUUUUUGUGUAUUUUUAGAUGUUUUAAUGUAAAAAAUGAAUUUUAAAAAAUAGAAUAUAUUAUCUUAAUGCUCUUAAAUGUACUAAUUUAAAGCAUCUCUCUUUGUGAGGUUGACUCUUGCCAAAUUGCAACAAAGCAACAGAAUAGGGCCUGUGUUGUUUGGUGAACCAUCCUUUUCCAUCAGUUCAAGUUAAAUGCCACACACUAAGCGCCAAAUAAUCUCAGUAUUUACUCCAUGUCUUCUUCUUCUUUUGAUGAAAUUCAUCCAUGAAUAUAAAAAUCAUUGACGACCAUUUCAAAGAAACCAAGAUUGAGUUGAGAAUGUGAACUCGAGCAACCUCCAGAAGUGUGAAAGGAACAUGGCAACUACUAGUUGUUGAAGAACUCAACCCCUACCCAACCAUAGUUGUUUGUGCCUAUUUAAGGUCCAGUGAAGCGAGCAUUGCAUUUAUGCUUUUUCCCAUUUUCCUUUCCUUCCGGCCAUUACUGGAAAACUACAGGCCUCACCCUCUGGCAUAACUGGGCUGGGUUAGAAUUUCAAUUCUUAUAGACUCACACUCGCAGAUGCAUGUCAUGAACAAUACUCUCAAGACAAGUUCAUCCAACUUUCCCCAGUGAAAAGUAGUUGGAUUAUAAGUUAUGACAAAGUACUAACAGGAAACCCUGUUGGUCCUGUCGUAUUUACUAAUUGCUAAGUACCACUACACGUAUGCUAUUUAUUAUCAAAUCCUAGUACAGUUACUAUAUAUAGCAUGAGAUAUAUACCAAGGAACUUGUUUCCAUCAGAGACAAUCUUUUAGGUGACCGUAUACUACUGAAUUUUACUGUAACUGUGAUUGUCAUCGUAGUUGGAGUAAAGGAGACUGAACAUGGCAAUGCA